AUGCGUGUGUCUCACGCCCAAUGCGGUGCCCCUGGUGGUCGUGGUUUCCCUGGUUCUGAUGGCGCUGCUGGACCCAAAGGUGCCACUGGCGAGCGCGGUGCCCCCGGUCUUGUUGGACCUAAAGGUUCUACCGGUGAGCCUGGUUUGCCCGGAGCUAAGGGUAUGACUGGUAGCCCUGGACCUGAUGGCAAGAUGGGACCUGCUGGAGCCGCUGGACAAGAUGGCCGCCCCGGACCCCCUGGCACCGAUGGAGCAAGAGGCCUGCCUGGAGUCAUGGGAUUCCACGGACCCAAGGGAGCUGCUGGUGACGCUGGAAAACCUGGCGAGAGAGGGGUGAUGGGACCCACCGGCCCUGCUGGUGCCCCCGGAAAGGACAGUGACGUUGGUGCUCAAGGCCCCUCUGGACCUGCUGGACCUGCUGGUGAGAGAGGAGAGCAGGGACCUUCCAGAGCUCCUGGAUUCCAGGAACAACCAGGACCCCAGGGUGCUGUUGGUGAGAGUGGCAAGCGCAGAGAGCAGGGUGUGCCUGGGGAGGCUGGAGCCACAGGACCUGCUGGAGCUAGAGGUGCCUGUGGAUCCCCUGGAGCUGCUGGAAACGAUGGUGCUAAGGGAGAUGCUGGAGCCCCCGGAGACAAGGGAGAGACCGAUGCCGCCGGACCUGUCGGACCUGCCGGAUCUCGCGGAGCCCCUGGUGAGCGCGGAGAGUCUGGACCCCCUGGACCUGCUGGAUUCGCCGGACCUCCUGGUACUGAUGGACAGCCUGGUGCUAAGGGAGAGAGUGGAGAUAAUGUUGCUAAGGGAGAUGCUGGUUCCUCUGGCCCUGCUGGACCCACUGGUGCCCCUGGACCUCAGGGUCCCGUUGGAAACACCGGCCCUACGGGAGCCCGCGGAGCUGCUGGACCACCUGGACCUGCUGGUGAGAGAGGAGAGCAGGGACCUUCCAGAGCUCCUGGAUUCCAGGAACAACCAGGACCCCAGGGUGCUGUUGGUGAGAGUGGCAAGCGCAGAGAGCAGGGUGUGCCUGGGGAGGCUGGAGCCACAGGACCUGCUGGAGCUAGAGGUGCCUGUGGAUCCCCUGGAGCUGCUGGAAACGAUGGUGCUAAGGGAGAUGCUGGAGCCCCGGAGACAAGGGAGAGACCGAUGCCCCGCGGCCCUGCCGGACCUGCCGGAUCUCGCGGAGCCCCUGUGAGGUGA